GCGCUAGAGUACUGCUUCCUGUGUAUUAGUGGUGCGGGUGUUUGCUGUGUUCGCUUGAAAAAAAGCGGCUCUAGGGAACAUAUCAUUUAAAACAAAAUGCACAUUUAAUGGCGACACAAACGACAGUAGCAGCUGGAGUUCCCGGCGCACCAGAAACGCUGCAGGAUCGGCUGAUGGGACGUUCACGGGGGCCCAUGAUGUCGGACACUGUGUCCCUGCCUUCGUACACCGACUACCCUUCCGAACGGCCCUUUCUCAACUCCAGCCUUCGCCGGUCUCCUAACAAGCCUGUUAAAGCCUACCCUGAGAGUAGUAGUGCAGCGAUCCUGUCUGCGCUGAAGAACCUGCAGGAGAAGAUUCGGCGACUGGAGCUGGAGCGGGCCCAGGCGGAGGAGAACCUGCAGCACCUCUCCCGGGAGACCUCCCGGUACAAGAGGGUGCUGGAGCACGAGAGAGAGACCGCUGACAGCAGCCACACUCAGGCCACACGUCACAACCAGGAGCUGGUGACGCAGCUGGCAGCAGCUGAAUCUCGCUGUAACCUUCUGGAAAAACAGCUGGAGUACAUGAGGAAAAUGGUUCGCAAUGCAGAGACGGAGAGAACAGCUGUGCUGAAGAAACAGGCAUCUUUAGAAAGAGAGAGGUCUGCUGACCACUCAGAUGUUCAGUCCAAGUUUGAGAAGUUGGACCUCCUGGAACAGGAGUACCUGAAGCUGACUGAAACUCAGAACCUGGCAGAGUUACAACAACACAUGGGUGUUUCUCCUCAGUUGCAGUCGGGGCUGGAGGCCAAUCGAAUCUUGCUUCAGUCUGUGUCUCCCCUCCCUCACAAGACGACAAAAACAAAGAAGAAAAAGGGAGCUAAAAAGCCCCAACAGCAACAAUACUCACACACUCAGCCUCAUUACAGACUCAGCCUGGGGGACGUGCCUUUUGUGGCAGGAAAGUCCACAGGCUCCAGUCAUUCUGUUCGAGCCAAUGUCCAGCAUGUCUUGCACCUCAUGAAGCAGCACAACCGACAGCUAUGUAAUGACCGGGUGUUAAGUGAGACGCCGCUGGCAGGGAAGUCUUCCUCAGGGUCCGCUUCUGCUAACAGGAGGAAGCCAGAUCGCAGCUCCAGCAGUAGCUCUUCCUCCUGCAGUGAAGAACUGUCAGAGCUGCUUUUAGCGCUGCAGGAUGAGUUUGGACAUAUGAGCUUUGAGCAUCAGGAACUAGUUAAGCAGAUUCAGGAGGUUCGGUCAGACCACCUGCGCCAUGAUCUGGAGAGAGAGCUGGAGGCCCUGGUCAAGAGGAUGGAAGGCAAGGGGGAACAGAUCGCCAAAGUGCGCAGGCACCAAGUGCAGCUGGAGAAGUUGAAGAAGGAGGCCAGGAGGCAGGGGGGUAAGGGCAGAGGGCAGCAGAGUGAGCUGGGGGAGGUGAAAGUCACCACCACAGUCACCACGCGAGGGAGGUCAGCGGGGCCUGUCAAGGCGAAGCCGGGCGAGAGGAGCAAGGACAGUCUGCGCCUGCUCAGGGACAUGCAAAGCCUGCAGACCUCUCUGCGCAAGGAACACAUCAGCUGGGAUUACUGAGGAGCCUUUCCAGCUGGGGGCCAUGGUCAGUUACAGUUAGCCACGCUGACAAGUAAGUAGCUACAGCUGCACACAAAUAGCCAGGCCGCUGAGGCUGGUUUUUAUGUACUCUCUAAGGUUAAUGGGACAGAAUGAUAAAUGGACUUGCUACACAUCGGUGCCCAAUGUUGUCCAUGUGCAUUAUCUUGUGUUCUUCCUUUAAAUCAUGUUUUUCUGCUGGCUGAGGCGUAGGAUUGGCUCACUCGUCUUCAUAAUCCUGUGGCCGAUGCGGUAGGAAUAUCGAUUGUAAGCUGAAACUACUUGACAGUAUGGAUGUCUUUAACUUGAUCGGCACCCUGCCACUCAGGGCUACACAACUGCUAAUUGUAACAUUACCCUUUCCUUUAGCUAUUGAUAAUACAGAGAAAUGCCUUGAGGUGCUCUAAUGCGUGUCUGAUCUGGCUUAGAGCGUAAUGUUUCUACCUACAGUAUGUAUGUUAUUCUUGCAAGCAUUUUUUUAAAUAAAGUAUUUAUUUUUUACAUUAAUGUUUUGAGAAUACGUUUCCAUAUGGUUGGAAGAAUUGUUUUUUAUUGCAGUUGAAACUAUUAUUAGUGGAAAUCACAUUCUGCUGCAAAAAAAAAAAAAUAGCUGAAUCUUUGGAUUUUACGUACAAUUUAAGAUAUUUUUUUUAUUUCAGUUAGUGGUUGUAUCUAUAGAUUACUGAGAAAAUAAAGCCAUGUCAAAAUCAUUUUAUUAUACAAGAUAAGGGGUUGUUAUUUCUGAUAUAAGGUAAGAGGUCAUACAAGACUGUAGGUACAUUGUAUACAGGUGGUGAUAUUGGUGUACUUGUAAUGGAAAUCACAAAAUGCAUAACUAUUCAAAACAACUAAAAUAGCUUUAUUUGUGUAAAAAAAAAACCACAAAACAACUUGAAAUGAGGAAUGGCAACAUUCAUUGUGGAAUGAAAUGGAAACAGUCCUACUAAUCUAGGUACCCAGGUGCCUAAUAUUUCACUUUAUGGCUUCACUUCAUUAUUGUAUGGGACCAACAACAACUGUAACUGAGAAAAAAUUCCCAUCUCACAGAAAUUAAAAACAGUUGAUUAUUCAAACAAAUUGUUAAAAGAACAAUAAAUACAAACUCGAUUUAACAUCUUUUCAAAAUAGUUCUUGUACACCGCGCAACAUUAAAAUCCCACAUGUACUCAUAUUAAAACCCAAGUAAACAUCCUCGAGUCCAACAGUAAAUUCAACCAUUAGUUUUAGUAUCAUUGUCUUCUUUUAAAUGAUAUUUUCUUGAUGGGGGUAGUGGGAGUGUUAGUGCAAUGUAAUAAGUGCAAAGUAGGCUAACUGCACAAUUGGUUACUUUGAUCAAAGAUUCAUAAUUAUAAGUAAACAGCGUACAAUAAACCAUGAAAUAUAUAAAUAUAAAGAUUUCAGUGGAGUAAACAAGGGUAAGCAUUGAAAAUAUGUAUAUGGUAUAUACUUUGUGUACUCUGCAAUGUGGAAUGCAACUGAUUUUAUGGAACAUGUCACAGUUGCUGAUCUAUGAAUAACACUUCUCUUUAAAAGUGUGAAGUGUCACAACAUUCUAGCACCAAAAAUGUACUUUGCCAUGAAAAUCUUAAAUAAUAUAAUUUAAGGAUCUUAGCGUUCCGGUUGGAACUUGGGUAUAUGGCUUAAGAUUCUUCAACAAUGUAUUAGAACUAACUGUACAUGAGUUCUUCACCACUCCAGAUUGGUCUGAUUGAAAUAUAAAACAGGUCUUCUUUUAUCCAGACAACUUUCAAGUAUCUACUGCAGAGA